AUGAAACACCACGAUAAGUCAUUCAACUUACUACUGCUUGUUGUUGACCCAGUAUCCUUAGACGAGAUUGGCUUGAACAGCUGUAAACGAGCCUCAGUCCAAGAACUCGAACACAAAUAUUCAGUUCUUUGGAAACCAGACCUAGUACAAGUCACAAGACUUAAAGCAAAGAUCAAUGUUCCCGAGAGCGUGACACCCAAGUUCUUCAAACCACGUCUAGUUUCAUAUGCCAUCAGAUACCAAGUUAAUGAAGAGUUGCAGAGGUUGGAAAAAGAAGGAGUGAUCGAACCAGUGCAGUUUGCAGAGUGGGCAGCUGCAGCUGUAUCCGUUCAAAAAACGAAUGGCCAAAUCUGUUUAUGUCGUGAUUACAGACUCACUAUUAACUGUGGCAUUCACACUGUCCAGUGCCCUUUUCCCAGGAGAGAGGAUCUCUAUGCGAAACUAUCAGGUGGUCAAAAGUUCACAAAACUCGACCUCAGCAGUGCUUUCUUACAGGUUCCACUUAAGAAGAUUCACGAAAUUACACUACAACCAACACCCAAAGAGGUCCUUACCAGUACACAAGGCUUCCCUUUGGAAUCUCUUCAUCACUUUCAGUUUUCCAACGCAUCUUUGACAACAUGA